CUACACAAAACAAUCAAACACUCUGCCACUCUACACACUUACUCACUCAUCCACUAACUUUCACAACACCAUGUUGAAGGAAGGCACCGCCAACAACAGUGGUGGCGGAACUACCAACUGGUCACGUGUCUGUGACACGUGCCGGUCAGCAGCAUGCAUAGUCUAUUGCCAUGCUGACUCCGCAUAUCUAUGCUCAACUUGUGACGCUCGAAUUCACGCGGCCAACCGUGUGGCUUCGAGGCACGAGCGAGUGUGGGUAUGCGAAGCGUGUGAGCGUGCGCCCGCCGCGUUUUUAUGCAAAGCGGAUGCAGCUUCGCUUUGCUCAUCUUGUGACGCUGAUAUUCACUCAGCGAACCCUUUGGCUAGUCGCCACCACCGUGUCCCUAUUCUUCCGAUAAUAGGGUUACUGUUUGGAGAACAAGAACAUGGGUUCAUGAAUGAGGUUGAAGAGGAAGAGAAUGAAGAAGGGGUAGUUUGUGAAGACGAAGAUGUGGCUGAAGCAGCGUCGUGGUUGUUGCCGAAUCCUGUGAAGAACGAUGAAUUAGGGGAAGAAGAAAAUGGAUUUUUGUUUGGAGAUGAGUAUUUGGAGCUUGUGGAUCAUUGUAAUUCUUGUGGGCAUAACAAUAACCAGUUUAGUGAUGUUGGUUUUGGGGAUCACCACCAAAAUUACAACACUGUUGCUCAUCAUCAGAACUAUGCGGUGGUUCCAGUUCAGUGUGGAGGAGAAGUUGUGGGUCAGGUUCAACACCAUUUUCAACCCGGUUUGGAUUUUGACUCUUCAAAAGCUGGGUUCAGUUACGAUGGUUCUCUUAGUCAAAGUGUUUCGGUUUCAUCAAUGGAUGUUGGCGUUGUACCAGAAUCAACAAUUAGUGACAUCUCAAUAUCCCAUUCAAAGUCACCAAUAGGGACCAGUGACCUAUUUCCUCCUCUUCCAAUGCCUUCACAUCUCACACCAAUGGAUAGGGAAGCCAGAGUGCUAAGAUACAGAGAGAAAAAGAAAACAAGAAAGUUUGAAAAGAAAAUUAGAUACGCCUCAAGAAAGGCCUAUGCAGAAACUAGACCUCGUAUAAAGGGUCGAUUUGCAAAGAGAACUGAUACAACACUAAUCACUGAAGCUGGAUGUAGCAUUGUUCCCUCUUUCUGA